AUGAAAACGAAUACUGAAGAUGGUACAACUGUGUACAGUAUAGCGACAACACAGUCUGAGAAAUCGGCAAAGCAGUCAACGAUAAAACGAGAUCAUGCAGUUCACCGAGCUCCGACACGUUUCCCGUUCUGGAAACUUUCAGUUAACGUUGCCACAUUUGCUAUAUUUAAUUUUCUUCAAGUUGCAUUUUCGGUGUUCAUGAUUGAUCAGGAAGGAUGCUAUUUUCUAAGACACUUACCUCAAAUGCUCACUAUUGUUUAUCUUGUAAAAGGAAUGACGAUUUUACGUAUUACUGUUGAUGCUAUUCUUGCAUUUAUCGUCGAUGAUCAGAUACGAAAAGGAGGAUUACAUUUUUUUGGACUUUUCGAUAAAUUCUAUGGUGACAGUGAUGAAGGAAGUUCAAGAUGUAUGUCAGGAAGCGACGGAACGAGUUCCAGUAUUCGGAACAAUAAUGCUAAACUGUCAAAAACAGCACUGUCUACUCAAACUCGUUCUUCUACACGGUUUUGA